GUCCCUAUACAACCAUUACCAUUCGGGCACCCCACUACAAUGAUAUGGUCUAUUCCCUCUCCAAUGAAUUCGUUGAACUCUUUUAACGAAUAUUCAUAUCAUAUUACUGGAAACACAAGCCAACCAGUGAUGGAGUUUAGUUCCAAACAUUAUUCCGGUAUAAGUACAUCCCAAGGGAAAAGAUCAAACCACACUAACCAGGUUGAAGUUGUUGCUAAUAAGAGCGGGCAAGAAGGAUGUCUGCAGUCAAUAAUUUACCAGGGAUUAUCCACCAACACUCCAAAUAACACUUUACCAGAGACUUCAAGUGGUUCAAUGCCCAUUAUGAAUGGAUUGUAUGAUCCUAAGUAUCAAGAAUUUGGCUUACCAGUUGAUCCUCAUCUUCGAUGCUUGAUGUUAAAUCCAAAUUUCAUGCAUGGUCAAAGUUAAUCCCCG